UCAAUAUGCAGGUGCAACCGCCACAUGACAGACUAGUGGCGCGAACGGAACAAUGAAACGUGCUUCAACAUUUAAAUAAGCAAAUACCGUUGCGAGUGCAAAAACUUAACUAAUCCUAACAGGAUUAUAAAAAACAAAUGUACAACAUAUUACUAACAUGCAUAAAUCAAGAUAUUAACUAUUGUUUCUAAAUUAUAUAUAUUACAGCAAGUUCUUAUAAUUACAGAAGACGUGAGCAUGCUGAACUAUAAUUAAGAGAAACACUAUUAUGUUAACUAGACAAAUAAAGAUACAUGCAAUACCAUCAAUCGUGUCUGCAGCGAACUACAAAGUAAAAUGCCGAAAUUGCGCAUGUGCGCAAAUGCGUGAGUCUAAGGAGUGACGUCAGCUCAUCAGUCCAGCGGGGAGUUUUCCACAGCCAGUAUGUUCAAGUACGCACAUUUGCAGCCAUCUGUUCCAGUAGCUGUGGUUGAGGAGAUCUUACUGAAUCUGCCUGAAGAGGAGGUGGUAUUAAAGUGUCGUUUAGUGUGUCGUGAAUGGAAGCUGCUGGUGGACUCACAGUCACACUGGAGAGCGCGCUGUCGUAGGGAGGGGAUCGAGCCCUGCGAUGCGUCCAGACCUCCAGCGAACUGGCAGCGUUUUUACUUUCUGAGAAAGAAACAACGUAACUUGCUUAAGAAUCCAAAAGCUGAAGAGGAAUUAAAUGGAUGGGAGAUUGUACACAACGGUGGAGACGGUUGGGCAGCACAUGGAAACAGAAAUCCACUUUUUGAAAACACAGUCACCAAAUGCUUUGUAACCUCUUACAUGUUAUGUUUAAAGCAACAGAUUAUUGACCUUAAGAAAGAAGGUUACAGCCCUGCUAUAAUGGAUCAAUGGCAACCAAAUAUUAAAAUAUCAGAUUGGUAUACCCCACGCUGUGAUUGUGGCUGUUACUAUAAAAUCUUUGUGAGGUUGCUUGGUCAGAAUAAAGAAGAGCUCAGAACUUUUCAUGAAAAAGUUGUCUUUCCUCAGUGGAAUGAUGAGCAAUGGUGUCACAUGACACACGUUUUUAAGAAUUAUGGACCUGGAGUACGUUUUAUUCAAUUCAUUCAUGGAGGAAAGGAUACACAGUUCUGGAAGGGCUGGUAUGGAAUACGGCUAACUAACAGUAGUGUUGAGAUCUGUCCAGAAGAUGGGUCAUAGCAUGUUUCAGUCUGAAUAUGCCUGUUUACAUUUUUUAACCAAAGAUAAAGAAUCCAUAUACUUAUACAUAGUAUUAGCACGUUGUUGCCUUAUGUUUUACAUCAUGCAAUGCAUUUUUAUGAUAUGCAUUAUAUAGAAUAUUCUGUAAAAUAACAUAAACGUCAUAAAAUAAAUCUAGAAUACUCCCUCAGCACUUUCAAAUGGAGCCAAGUGACGAGAAAUAAACUUAUAAGAUGGCAGUUUUGUGAUGGCAAAAUUAAAGGCUCUCUAAGCGAAUCUGCGAGACGUUAGUUAUUGUUGACGUUUGAAACUGUUUUCAAACAGACGGAGCGUAGCUAACUCCUCCCCCUCCCCCUCCCUUCCGUGC